GCGUUCCGUUAUGUACACUAAUGAGGGGAGGAAAACUUUAUUACACCUGCAGCUGAACUGCGAUUGAGCAUGGAAUCCCUCGAGUCGUGCGGAUAUUUCGUGAACGUUAGUUAAGCGCUUUGUAAGUUGUUGAAUGAAGGCUGUGAUGCAUGCACCACCUCUACCUGAGCACUGCCAGGCCACUGUGCUCAACCAAGGAUGGCACAUGCUCUCUUUGUGCUUGAUAACAUUGGUCUCCAUGACUACUGCAAAUCCCGCUCAAGACUGGACGUUGUUGGCCUCCAACAUGACAAAGCAAUCCCUGGAGGAAGUGCCACAAUACCAAGCUUCACCUUCUGCCUUACCAUCUUCUUUCUUCAAAGCCUUGGCACAGUCAAGUGACAUCUAUAGGACUUUUACUAUCUUGCCCAACACUGAACCAGCCAAACAUUUAUCAGAUGACCACAGUGUGUAUGGUUCAGCAAGUACCCCACCACUGAGUUACAUCCAUAGUCCAGAGCCUCUGUCUGGCUCUGCAAUAAGUCAUUCCCAGUCAGCUGGACCUGAUGCUUCUGAAGAACCAUAUUUUACAGCCCCAAAAUUACAAACAGAAUUAAUCAACCCUGGAAAUCAAAUGAAACCUUUUAAUCCAUUAUUCCCUAGUCAAAACUUAAACAUACAAAAUGAUGCAUAUCCAGAUGGUUACACCCUAAAUCCAAGUCAUGCUAUUUUUGGAACCCUUCAUGCAACAUCAUAUUUUGUGGAGCCAACUAUGGGCCCACCAGAGGACUUCUUUCCAACAAACACCAUGGAUGUUGAGUAUGGUUCUGGUGACUAUUUAGAAACAAUGGCCUACUUGGGAACUGAGGGAGAUGAUUAUUCUUUGGUCACCAAUCUUCCGUCUGAGAUGUAUGACUUCGAGGCCUCAAACUCAGAAUUCUAUGAUACAUCUUUUCCCUCAAGAGUAGUGAUUCCAGUGAGCACCAGGUACCUUUCUCCCACUCCCACCAGUGCGUUUCCUAAUGCAGAGGUCACCAUAUUUGCUAACGGGAUUUCCAAUAUAACCCAUAAUUCGACAGGUACUCCCAGUGUGACUAGUACUCUUCCCACCAAGACCACUUCUCAAGAAGUAAUGACAGCGGGAUCCCCGGCCUUACCCGUAAGCCCUACGUUAACCAGUAUUCCAAACAUUUACUCAACCAUUCAUCCAACAACGGCACAUUUAGCAUCGAUUCUUCCAACAAAUUCAGCCUCACUAAACCAGAGCAGUGUAGCCAAUGAGACCUUAGAUUCCACCUGGCAUGACAGUGUUACCAUUGAACCCAGUGAUGUUCUUUUGCCUGAUAUGAAUAGCCUGGAGUACUACACCAUUCAGCUAACAAAGGGUGAUGAAGGCUUGCCAAAAGAAAGCGGCAACCAGGCCCCCUCCACUCACACCUCUCUCAAUUCACUAAGCAUCACCAGCACCUUCAGUGUUAAUUCAGAUCACAUGCCGACAGUAAUGUAUGGAGAGGAUCUACAACAUAUGGACAACUCAUGGCCUGAAGAAUCUUCAACAGACAUCUCAGGGUUUGAUCUCUUCAACACUACUGUAUUGGAUCUGUCAGGAGUUCGACCUAGUUUAGCAAAUUCCACACUCCCGUUUGAGUUUGUAUCUGUGCUAACGUCUUCCAUGGACCUGUCAACUUCACCAUGGAAUACGGCCUCAACUCCUGCCCUGAUUAGCACUGAAUCUGUUUCAACUCCUGGAGCCACAUCAAUGUUUAUCCCACCAGCGGUGUCGGAGGAAGCCGAUGUCGUGUCACAAUCUGCCUCAGACAUCGACUGGUUUAUCAAGUCCACUUUGCCUGAGACCUCUUUCCCUACUCCUACACUCAUUAGUCAUGUGUUCACUCACACUCCAAGUGCAUCUGCAUUUCCCACUGAAUCGACACACAACGCCUCCAUUCUGCCUGUGACUGAGAUGGCUGACCAAGGUGUAACAGAGAGUCCUUUCUCAGAAGUUACCAAUGAUGAAAUGACAACAAUCAGUGAUUUCAGGACCAACUCCACUUCAGAUCUAAAUAAUGAGACAACAGUGGCUACUCCAUCAAUUAUCACUGUCUCCCCUGACACAGGUAGUCUACCCACAACCCUUUUAGUCACAACCCAAACACCCAUCCUUGAGACUACUACCGUCCGGCAGUACAUCUGCAACAUCACCACUAAGCCUGAUACCUACUUAGUUCGAGUUGGUUUUCCAGCUGGCUUGACAGCAGGCUAUGCUAAAGCCAAAGUCAGAGAAAUCCUCAAAGCUGAAUUCAAUCGAUCGGUUGAACUGCAGGUAGUGAAAGCCCCUCCAGACUUUGUGUUUCGGGCCGUGUCUGGUCCUGUUGUCUACACAGCAAUCUCAGUCAUGAACGCUCUAAGACGGUUUAUGCAUACUUCUGAUUCCAUGCUCAGUGUGUCCCCCAUCAGUCCUGUACCAGACCUGCAGUACCACAUCCACUCUGUGCUCCAGUUUGUGCCCAACCACAUAGACAUACAUGUGUGUACAUUCAUCGACCACGUAGAAAAUGGCCUGACCUUUGCUUUUGCUGAAGUGCGCCAUCGCUCAAGAAAGUCUACAAACUUCACUGUGCAUAUAUUGAACAUUACUUUGAGCCCUGUAUCAUCAUCACAGAGGCCGAGGGGGUCGGUGGACAUCACUUUUGUUGUGCAGGAUUCUCUUGGUUACAUACUGGGGUCAGAAGUCAGCUCUCUCCUGCGACUGCUCAGUGUGGUGGAGUUUAGCUACUACCUGGGCUACCCUGUUCAGCAAAUCGCAGAGCCCUUUCACUAUCCUGAGUUGAACAGUACUCAUCUGCUACGCUCCUCUUGGGUAAAAACAGUGUUACUGGGCAUGAUGGAGCACCGUGUAAGCGAUAGAGUUUUCCAGGCUACGAUGGAAAGGCGGUUCGCUCUGCUGCUCAGGGAGGGACUGGCUACAGGACAGCGCUUUAAAAGAGCCACCAGUGUGGGCAACAACAGCUUGCAGAUUGUGCAGACCACCCGUCUGGAAGGGCCUGAUAACCCUCUGGAGAUAAUCUACUUUGUCGAAGAUGCCAACGGUGAGAGGCUGCCUGCCGUCACCACUGCUAACCUACUCAACAGGCUGGAUGUACAGCACGCUGCUAUUUUGCUGGGAUAUCGCGUCCAGGGGAUUCUGGCUCAGCCUUUCGAGAAGCAGACAUCAUCUCCCUCUGAGACUGAGAAGACCAACACGUGGAUCAUAGUAGGAGUGGUGGUGCCCGUGCUGGUGGUGGUAAUCAUCAUUAGCAUACUGUACUGGAAACUGUGCCGUACAGAUAAACUGGAGUUUCAGCCAGACACCAUGAGCACCAUCCAGCAGAGGCAGAAGCUGCAGGCUCCCAGUGUGAAGGGCUUUGACUUUGCUAAGCUGCACCUGGGCCAACACAGUAAGGACAAUCUCAUGGUGAUCCAAGAACCGUUACCACUGCCAGCACCAACCAAAGAGCCAGGCACCAACGACAAUGCAGAAGCUUCCACGCCCAAAUCCAAAGGUUCCUCCACCAAGACUUCCCGUAACAGGCAGCAGAGGCCUGGACAGAUCUCCCCAUCAGAUGGUGAUUCGGUUGGAAGUGAGCCCUUCACUGAGAUGGAGUCUCCUAAAGAGAUUUCAAGACACUCUGGACCAUCCACUGACUCCAAGCAACCUCACAAGGCAGCCACUAAUGGACUGAAUGGUCCUCCUCCACCAAAUGAUCAGGCAUCAUCAGCAUCCAUUUUUCAGCAUGUGGACCGGAUGUCCCGCUCAGCAGAUGGUGCCAAUAAGCGCCUCUCCAGCAAGAUUCAGCUAAUUGCUAUGCAGCCCAUGCCAGCUCUGCCAUUACCAAACACUGCACCCACCGACAAGGCUGCAGAGAACGCCAAGAUGAACAAAGAGAUUCAGGUUGCUCUAAGGCAAAAGUCUGAGAUCGAGCACCAUCGCAAUAAGAUUCGUCUUAGAGCAAAAAGGAAAGGCCACUAUGACUUUCCCACCAUGGAUGAUCUGAUGGAUGGCCUGGGUGACGCCAGAGAGCAGGACCGUAUCUACCAGAAAGCUCAGAUGCAGAUUGAUAAGAUUUUAAACCCGGACAGUCGCAUGUCCCCUCUCCACACUGAGCCCAGGAAAAGCAGAGAAAAGCGUUCUCCAAGGCAGAAAAAGAAGCAGCAGAUAAAUGGAGAUCUGACAGAUGCUGACAGAGACAGACUCAUCACCACUGACAGCGAUGGCACAUAUAAGAAAUAUCCUGGAGUUAACAACAUCGCGUUUGUGUCCGAUCCUGACCAGGGCCCUGACACUCAAAGUCCUUCCCCAACUGACGACGUCUUCCUGAGUUCACCCCCAGGCCACAUCGCCCCUCCUCCACCCUACCUGCCCCCUCAGCCUUCUAUAGAGGAAGCCCGGCAGCAAAUGCAUUCACUGCUCGAUGAUGCUUUUGCCCUGGUGUCCCCUUCCUCACUGGGGCCCAAUGCAGGCAUCACUUUGCCUGGGCUUGGGGUUAGAGGCGGGAAUGCAUCUUCCUCCAGUCCUCCAGCACAUGGCCCAGGACCUUGCGGACCCUCAUACCCUGCUCUCAGCCCUUUCUCUGGGAGAUAUCCUGAGUUAGGUCUGCCACCUUCAACAGUACAAGGCUUACUGCACAGACAGGGUUUUGGGUCGUGUUACCCCCAAGGCGAAGGAGUAGGUGGAGAGCAGCUGCAGCCAGAAGCACUUUAUAACAGCAGAGGGGGCUAUAGUGAUGAAUUACCAUCUUCUGCCAGGCCUCGACCAGUAGGGAGCACUACAGGUGUUCAUUUACAUCACAUAUCCCAGGUAGGAGUUUCAAGCCGUGUGGGUGACAGCAGGCAGCCUGCAGCCUUAAACUUGGGACCUUAUCAUGAAGAAGACUUUAGACCCGCUAACAGAGAUCCAAUUUUCGAGUUUCCCCCUGUCUCUGUGUUCCAGAACUCCAGGAAUGGGUUAAGGGAGCCGUCUGCACCCCCUGUCCACCUAGACACAGUGGGUCUAGGCUACUCUCCAUCCGCCCCUCCUGAGGAUUCCAUACCCCCCAGCCACUCAUCCGCCUCACUCAUCAAAGCAAUCCGUGAGGAGCUCAUGCGCCUUUCACAGAAGCAAGCUGCCCCAACGGGCUACCACAGCUGAGACCGGCUUCCUCCAGCUACCCCUUACAGCAAUACUUUACAGUACUUCCUGUGGAAGUGUUUUUAAGUGCGGAGCACAAAGAGAAAGAUGCUGGAUGAAGAAAUAUUCUGACGUGACUAUUUUACUGAUGGCGAAAGCUUUGCCUGCUGUCUGUUAAACAUUGUAUUUGAACAUCAGGGUCUGACAAAGUGCUUCAUUAUUUGGGCCCAUUAAUAUUUUUUGGGCUUUUCAGAUGAAUGAACAGCGCAGUUCUGAACCUAAGCACUGUAUUCCUAUUAAAGAAGAGCACUGUCUUUGAUUCAGUACUGGACUUGGAUCUUUUUAGUCUGUUUUUUACACUUAACAGUAUUUACAUCAAUUACUGAGAUGUCAUGGCAACCUAGAAUCUCUGGUAGCAAUGAACUAUUAUGGUGUUUCUGUGAUGACCAGUUUGACGACAGCCAAAUCCUGACCACCACACAUGCUUUAAGACUAUUAAGACCAUUCUCUUGACAAAGGUGUGUCUGUAAGUAGAUUUGUUUUGGGUUUUUUUUUUCUUCUUUGUAUUUAAAUGAUUUUCCACCAA